GUUUAUAAAAUAUGUAAAAUCUCAUCGCCAGCACAAACUUUGAGCCUUUGUCAACAGAAGAAAUCGAUAUUUUUAUGCGUAUUCUCCUCAUUAUAAGUGAAGAAACUGUACAUUCGCCCUCCUACAUCUGCAGGUAACAUUUGCGAUCACUCACCGAAGUAGACCUCUGCCGAUUCACUAUCACCAACCCAUCGAAACUGCCCUUAAAAUGGCAACCGUGUCUGGCGCAUGUGUAAUCUCCAAAGUGUCUGGACUUCUCCAGAUAUAUGAGGAUACAACUCCUUCGAAACUCAUCUGGAAAGCAAUUGACCAAGACAAGUCUCUUGAGAUUCCCUUGAACAAACUAUCCAAAUUACAGGCAUCGCCCGAAUCGUCACCCAAAAUGCUUCUCCGGCUUUUCUAUCAACUUCCUGACACUCCUGAUGUCAAAGAUCUCAGACUCACAUUCAAUAACCGUCAAACCAUGACAAUAGUCAAGGAAACUUUGCAAACGAUUGUGGCGCGUCAAAAAACUGUCAUUAAGGACACACCCACACCUGCCCCAAAUGCACCAAACUCUGCUAAUGGAACGCCCACCCCGGGUACUGAUCAGACUUCUGAAAAUUCACCUUCUCCCGGAGACCCUUUGGAUUUCUCCAGCCCACAAUCAUUGAGCGAUGCCAGUCUACUAAAGAACAGGCAGCUUCAGCAGAAACUUCUCUUGGAGAAUAAAAAUCUCCGAAACAUUUUUACGCAAUCAGUAAUUAAGUAUAAACUCUCGCCGGCGAUAUUCUGGUCAACAAGAGUCGGCCAGCUACGGACAUUUGCAUUGAGUAUUUGUCAGCAUAGGGGUCCCUACAAUGUGCUUUCAACAAUUAAGCCCGUCGCCACAUCCGACAACCAAGUCAAUGUCAAUGUAACGAGAGAUACGAUCAAGGAGAUAUUUGAAACGUACCCCAUCAUUCGCCGUGCGUGUCAUGAACUAGUCCCCGUAAAACUAAACGAGGGCGAGUUUUGGUCUCGUUUCUUCAACUCUAAAUUGUUUCGGAGACUACGUGGAGACAAAAUCAACAACACGAACACGAGAGGUGAUACUGUCAUCGAUAGAUACCUUUAUGUGGAUGCAGAUUUUGUGGAGGACGAAGAAAAGGGCGUGGAUGGUAAAAUAGCUCAGGCCGCCAAAGAAAGGAAGGUGAAUAAGUUCAUUGAUUUACUAGGCAAUGAGGUUGACAACUCGCAAAAGUUGGGAGUGUCUCCAGACUUUACAAUGAAGUUUUCAGACGAAACAGACGGAAAGAAUGGCUCCAAAUCGAAUGCCAGAAUCGACCCGUCUUCUGGUAAACGAGAAAACGAGAUGUUAGUGUUGAUGAAGAACAUGAACAAAUUAUCUAGUAAAAUGAUUGGGUACAGCAACAACAACCCCUCAGAUAAUAAAGCAGAAGAAGCAAUUGAAGAAAUGGAGAAAGAAGUGGAAAUCACUGAUCUUAACGACGCGAGCGAAAUUCAAUAUAUUGAGCUUAACUUGGAUACCCACAUUUCAAAACACAACUUGGACAUCGAGCGUUCCUUGCCAGUACAGGAGCAGCCGAACAUUGUCUCGCUGGAUGUUGAACACUAUUUUGAAGAAAAUAUAUUCACGGCUCUACCACAAGGUAUUGACUUGAGUGAAAGUUACGAGUCUCGAUGUGACGAAAUAAACAGAGCCAACCAUGACAUCACUGCAUUAGUUAAGCACAACUUCAGAGUGUUCAAACUGACCCACGGCUAUAAGGAUACGAGACAGUCAUCCGAAAUCCCACUUCUAGACGACCUGACUAUCCAGAAUAUCAUCAGUUUCAACAUCACUCUCACUGAAUUCUUACUGCAUUUCUGGAACCUAUUUACGAACGGUGGAAACCCCGUUCAAUUGAAGAAGUUAUUUACUGCCUUGCGUAGCAGUCAAACAACAUUGACAGAGCUUGAAAAACAGCUCAAAUCUAUUAUCCAAGAAAAUCCCCAGGCCAAAGAAAAUGAAAAAUUGCUUGAAAAAUACCUUAAGGAUUUAGAAGCAUGCAUACAUCCGUUGACCUCUUCGCUAUCUAAAGCGAUCAAUGACUACGUUACUGCUGUGCGCGCUGCUAAUGAAGAAUCGAGUCAAGAAAAUUUGCUUAAUGAAAAUGGGAAACGGCCGCUAGCGGGGUAACGCAUAUUUGAUAUAGCUCAAAAAUUGACAAUGACUGUACAUCCAUGUCGUGUUCCCAUAACAAUGCAAUAUCGAGACAUUGCAGCCGGAGGGCUCAA